AGCGACCUCGGUGAGGGAAGCCUGGGCAGUGGCGGGGGACUCGGGGGAAGCCCCGUCCUCAUGAGCCCGAGACUCCUCGGGUCUCCCGGAGGCUCCCCGGGAGCUUUGGCGGCGAUGGACUGCCCGGGGACUCGUUGGCCACGCGCGAGAAUCCUCAGGCCGUCUCGCCUUUGCCACUUUUUAGUGCCUGGGUGGGGGUCUUGCCCGAAGCGCCCAACAAGUGGUCUGGCUUCUCAUUUGUGAGUCAGAGCUACUCGGUGCCUGCAUCUCCAAGCCUCCCUUCGCCUUGAAAAUCGCAGUCUGUGGUCGUGCGGCUUGUUGAGCUUUUAGACUGUAAAGCUGUCAGGUGUGAUCACCCGCAGAAGUCGCCGACUCUCACAGAGCGUUGCAGUUUCACUUCUUUCGAUGAUUUCGUGUGGUCUUUGGCUCACGGUUUUCGUUACCGUCCCUCUUUUUAAACUUAAUAGCACUGGAAAAUUUGGGUUUAGGUGACAGACCACAGGAAGAAAAUGUUAGGGAGACCGCUUUAGAGCACAAACUUUAAGAAUCUCAUUUGGUGAAACUGAGUUAUGAUUAGUAGAUUCACAUCAACAAACACCGAGUGUUUUUGAGACUGCCAUUAAAAAUAUAGAUGACUUUGUUGAGAGAAUAGUUAAGACGUUAGGCACGUGCAGGUAAUAUGCAUUUUCUGAGUUUGCAGGAGAAACCGGGAACUCUGCCCUUUAGGAUGACUUCCUGAGAGAUAGCUGUUUCUGGAGACAGGGAAAUCUCAUUUGUAAAGCUGAGGAAGAGUUUCACCAGCUUUCCAAGACUCUUGGAAAGUGGAGCUUUAAAAGUCUAAGAAACCAUACUGUACUGAAUACUGAGUAGGCAUUUCACGCCCAUGGGGGUCUAGGGGUCCCCAGAGAUGAGCAUUUCCCACUUUAGAUGUAGACAAUGGCUGCAGCUCCCCCCCAUUUUUAGUUUACUCUUUACUUCCAGACUCCAGACUGAAGGGAGGGACACUCAUGGAAGGAAGACUUACAUCACUGGAAGAGAGGUCUAGAAAAUGGACGGUGGGGGUUGAUGAUCACCAUUUUGGAUAAGGAAAGAGAAAAUGUGUGUGUGUGUGUGUCUGUCUGUCUGUCUGCAGCCAGCACUACUGGUGGCACUUGCUGAAGGUGCCCUCAAGAAGACAGUUCUAGCUCCAGGUAACAGCGACACAACUGGGUUGCUCUAAGGACUCAUGCCUGAACCAUCUCAGCAUGGCCUAUAGAGGAGGAGGAAGAGGAGGAGGGGGAGGAGGAGGAAAAGAAGAAGAAGAAGAGCAUGACCAGCCUUCCUCAGCUGUGCUCUCCUGCGUCAACCCUGGAAGUGUUUGCAUAAGUAGAAACCGGGCCCAUAGUAUCUGCAUGGUGUCGGACUUUUUCUACCCGAACAUGGGAGGCGUGGAAAGCCACAUUUACCAGCUCUCUCAGUGCCUGAUUGAAAGGGGGCACAAGGUCAUUAUUGUCACCCAUGCUUACGGAGAUCGGAAAGGCAUCCGUUACCUCACCAAUGGCCUCAAAGUCUAUUACUUGCCUUUGAAAGUCAUGUACAACCAAUCUACAGCCACGACCCUCUUUCACAGUCUGCCACUGCUCAGGUACAUAUUCGUUCGGGAGAGAGUCACGAUAAUCCAUUCCCAUAGUUCUUUCUCUGCCAUGGCCCAUGACGCCCUCUUCCACGCCAAGACCAUGGGGCUCCAGACCGUCUUCACGGACCAUUCCCUUUUUGGAUUUGCUGAUGUCAGCUCGGUGCUUACAAACAAGCUUCUAACUGUGUCUCUCUGUGACACAAACCACAUAAUUUGUGUCUCUUACACUAGUAAGGAAAACACUGUGCUCAGAGCAACACUGAAUCCUGAAAUAGUGUCCGUCAUUCCUAAUGCUGUAGAUCCUACUGACUUCACGCCAGACCCAUUUAAAAGGCACAGUAGUCUCACUGUUAUUGUUGUCAGCAGACUUGUUUACAGAAAAGGGACCGAUUUGCUUAGUGGUAUAAUACCCGAACUCUGUCAGAAAUAUCCAGAUUUAAAUUUCAUAAUUGGAGGAGAGGGACCAAAGAGAAUCAUUUUGGAAGAAGUACGGGAAAGAUACCAGCUCCAUGACAGAGUGCGUCUUCUGGGAGCCUUAGAACACAAGGAUGUUCGAAAUGUCUUAGUGCAGGGACAUAUUUUCCUUAAUACGUCCCUCACUGAAGCUUUCUGCAUGGCGAUUGUGGAAGCAGCCAGUUGUGGUUUACAGGUUGUAAGUACCAGGGUUGGUGGAAUUCCUGAGGUACUUCCAGAAGAUCUUAUUAUUUUAUGUGAGCCUUCUGUAAAAUCUUUAUGUCAAGGAUUGGAAAAAGCUAUUUUUCAACUGAAGUCAGGAGCAUUGCCGACUCCAGAAGACAUCCACAACAUAGUGAAGACUUUCUACACUUGGAGGAAUGUUGCAGAGAGAACUGAAAAAGAAAAGGAUUUUGCAUAUCUGGGCUGAUGGACAACAUAACAAGUUAGAAUUCAAAAUGCACGUGACAGAUGUUGGAGAAAUGAUCACACAUAAAAAACAGCUGUAGAGAAUUUCCAGAAGGAUUGGUAGAGGGGCUGGAUUAAUACCCUUAAGUGGGACAGGACGGUUGUGGGAAAUGCUUCCUGAUUUCAAAUUUGGAACUUAAGUUUAUCCCACUUGUCCACCUCAUGCUUCCUAUUACCAUCUUACAAGCUGCAUGGAGACUCUGCUUUUUAAGUUAUAGAAAUUGUGAACUAGAAAGACAGUCAUUUGAGAGCAAGGAGAAGGUAACGGUUUAGAUGAGUGCUUUAUGCUGUCAUUGUGUUCAGUGGAGCAGAGAGUAAUAAGGAGCUAAGUAGAAUAGCUCUUAACUGUAAAGCUUUUUUACUUGGUUGGAAUUAUCUCUUCCUAUAUAUAAAAUGAUCCUAUAUUUGAAUAUAAGUGCAAACAAAUUCUUGUCUAAAACUAUUGCAUGCAAUCCAUUUUUCAUUGAAAUAUGAGACAUUCCAGUUAACAGUCAGUCAGAGAUAUUGAUUGCAAUAUCCUUGAGACACUCCCACCUUCUAGAAGAUUAGCAGCAUCUCCACCGAGAUACCAUAACUACAUUUCCCUCCUUUGCCUUUGGCAGCUGGAGCCUAGCACUGAUUAUCUGCUGGGGGUGGUGUGCAAGUCACUGCAGUACCCUUUUCAGGAUCUUGUCAUUCCAUAGUCCUGUCUCCCUGCCUCCUCUGUUAUUGCCAACCUUCUGCUAGGACCUUUGAGGAGCACAGGGUGGUUUGGGAAUGGUGGGCUGGCAGGUGUGGUUAGACAGGUUUUUUUCCCCCAGUGAUGCCCACCUUGCUCUCACCCCAGUGGAGAACCACAGCUCUUAAGUUGUGACUUCACCUUCUUGAUUGAUGUCAUGUAGAUCUCAGAAGACUGAUCUAUUGUGGAUAACACAUUCACGAACAAAGAACUGUGGUGGCAGUCUAGAUGAAAAUGCUACCAGUUUUCAGCAGUAAGCUUUAUUUUGUUUGCCAGUUUGACCUAUAUUCUCUGCUAACAUUUAGCAACACUUGUUAAAGGAGCUAAUUAGGAUUGCUUUUUAACCACAAAUUUUCUUUGAGUUACACUUAAAGUAACAGUAGAGCAUCUGAAUUUUUUUUUUUUGUCUUACACUCUACGCCAAUUAGUAGAAUCCAUUCAGGAAAAAAGUUAAUCCCCAUCUGUGAUGGAUGGACAGUCAUCCCUGACAUUCUCUUCACAAUAGUCAGUUGGUAUUUUGCCACUUACAAUCUUAAAUUUAUUGAUCUAGAAAUAAAGGUGGACAAAUGGGUCACUGUGUAGUUGCUCUUUUAACUCUCCUUGUUCGUUCAGGACAAUUUCAUCCUUUUCAGCUCCUUGGUUUAACUGUACUACUUAGUUGGUGCUGAAAACAUACAUUUGUGGUUGUAAUUCACCAGCUUCAGGAAAUCCUGACUCGGAAGCACCCCAGUUGCCCUGGGAGUGGGUGGAAAUAUAGUGCACCAUGGGUCUGUGGAACUGCUCCGCAAAUAUAACUUUAAGUUCAAAAGGAGUUGGUUUACAGGUCUGAUGCGUGAGAGUGAGCACAAGUAACGCUCGAAUGCAAUUAGUGUUGGCUUGUCUGAUGUUUUUGAAAAAAGUAUGUUUAAAGAUCUUUGUUUUAUUUCAUAUUUCAGGUUAGUGCUUAGCAGUGCUUUAAAAAGCAAGCCACAUACUACCAGUCAUCAGCAGUAAGCUGCUUUGUUUGCCAGUGUUUGCCCAGGACCAUCCACCACCCCCAGCUCUUUCAUGCCUCCCUUAAUGACCAUGUCACUGAACGUUGUUUCAGUCAACAAUGACCCACAUAGAUGGCAGUGGGCCCAGGGGUGCUGAAGGCUGUUGCACAUAAGUUUAUGCAGUUAUGCUCUAUGGUGUUCGCACAGUGAUGAGAUCACCCAAGGAGUCAUUUCUCAGGUGUCCCCAUUAUUAAAUGACACAUGAUUGUACUUGAAACCCAUGAACUGUGUGUCUGUACGCUCACCUUCUGUGCCAGGCAGCGCAGCUCCUUCGCACGGCUGUGACAGGAGGAGACGCUCUCCCCAGGAGCACGCGGGAUCGUAACGGGCUGUGGUAGACUCUGCCAGACAGCAGUGCGGGCUACCUCAGCCGAGUCAAGGAGUCCUAGAAGGCCGGUCCUGCUUCAGGGAGUCACUAUGAGUUAAAUGUGGUCUCUACAGAGGCACCCCGAAAAUUGAUUUCAGUUUCUCAGGGCUUGGAAAUCCUGGUACUUAGUUCUAAUUGGUGGUGGUCCCCAUGGGACAAGAGCCAUGGUGCGCCUCUCUAUGUGAUCUAGCAGGAGCAGCUCCAUAAAGUGUGCGUCGAAUUAAUUACUGUAGUGAAUUCAUUAAUCAUACCAUUACCAUAACAACAAAAUGUAAGCGAUUUCUGUUUGCGUCUUCGAACGUUCCUGGUCCAUGCAGGUGGUGGUUUUUUAGGUCAGAGUGUUCAUUCUCGGCCUUUUCC